GCUAUGGCUUCUGAGUCCCGCCGCCAGAGGAAGGCCGUCCAGUUAGGCGCCCGCUAGCUUCCGCAGCAGCACCGACUGGGCAGCGGAAAGAAUCGGCGCGCCAGCAGCGUGGGAAGAUGGCGGUGAGCCACUCGAGGAAGGAACGGACCAUCUCUGAGAACAGCCUCAUCAUCCUGCUACAGGGCCUGCAGGGCCAGGUAACCACUGUGGACCUGCGGGAUGAGAGUGUGGCCCACGGACGCAUAGACAAUGUGGAUGCUUUCAUGAACAUCCGCCUGGCCAACGUCACCUACACGGACCGUUGGGGGCACCAGGCUGAGCUGGAUGACCUCUUUGUAACAGGCCGUAACGUCCGUUAUGUCCACAUCCCAGAUGACGUGAACAUCACCGAGACCAUUGAACAGCAGCUGCAGAUGAUCCAUCGUGUGCGCAACUUUCGCAGCCUGGGGCAAGGCCGACGGGAAUUUCCCACCAAAAAGUAUAAAUGAGCCUGUCCCGUCAGCAAGCCCUAGUCACCACUCAGGUUCCUCCAGAGCUCUACUGAGCCAACUGCCUGCUGUCUGUCCCUGCCAAGAACCUGGCAAGGGAGCAGGGCCAGCCCAGAAACUGGUAUCUGACAGACAACCCGUAUCACAGCUGCCUUUCACAAGGUUCUACCUCCCAGACUCACCCUGGGGCCCAGAAUCCUAUUUAUCUGUGGCCUUGGGGUAGGUGACAAUCCCUCUCUUUUGAUCAUCUGUAUUUGAAUCUCUGAUUUACUGAUUCAGGAAAUCCAUCAAAUAGUUUUUCAACUAUCCCAGUGAGGAUUAUUCAGUGUGCUCGGCCUCAGCCAGCCCUAAGUGUCUCCAUUUCUCUUGCAAUUGUGUGUGUUUUCUCAUAAAACUAAACUUGGACACAAACAA